AGACACGUCGAACUGCUCUCAGUUCGCACACACUCUCUCGCCGUUUGGUAGAGCCCACGCUGAAGUGGAAACUUAUCAAUCGCCUUCUGAAGGAGACAGCAUAUCUCCCAGGAAUUUGGCCCUGGAUGUUUUGUGGUUUGUCUACCAAACGACCUGGAGCGCGUCCCUAAUGAUAAAUGUCAUGAGCCUUCUUUUUCGUCUUCCAGAGGGACGGAGUUAUUUUACUUGUGUCUAUUCUCAUCAAAUAUCAUCGAUGAUGGAGCGUAAAGAAACCUUUCCACACCAGUUGCUUUCGACAAAUUAGAUGCACCGGGCCCUGGGUGUAGUGCGCAGCCCAUCGUAGCGCCCUCGCGCGCGCUUUGCACUAGGGAAUGACUCCUGCAAAGCCUGCUGGAAUGCUAUUGCUCCACGUGUGCACGAGGGCCAUUGGUCAUACGGAUGCUUCCUAAAUGCCUGUGGUACGUCGCUGACAACAUUGCACUAAAACUGGACCGAACUUUGCAGGACUGAUGGAUUUAAGGAGGGCCCUAUCCUUCCCUCCAUAUCCAGGGGACUACCUGCACCCGGUUGUGUAUGCGUGCACAGCCGUUAUGUUGCUCUGCCUGCUGAUAUCAAUUUUGACAUACAUUAUACACCACAGCGUAAUCCGAAUCAGCAAGAAAGGAUGGCACGUGCUCCUGAACUUCCUCUUCCACACAGCCAUGACGUUCGGGGUGUUUGCGGGAGGCAUCAACCAGAUCGAGUACCCCGUUGUCUGUCAAGUGGUUGGCAUCGUCUUGCACUACUCAUCUCUUUCCACCCUGCUUUGGCUGAUGUUCACUGCCAGGAAUAUUUAUAAGGAAGUCUCCAAGGCUCCACCCCCGCCUCAGGUCAGGGAUCCUCCCACACGGCCCCACUCCAAAGCUACCAUAUUCAGAUUUUAUCUGGUCAGUGUUGGGGUCCCCCUCAUCAUAGUGGGUGUCACAGCUGCUAUUAGCUUGGAGAACUAUGGCAGCAGAGAUGAUGCCCCUUAUUGCUGGAUGGCAUGGGAGCCCAGUCUGGGAGGCUUCUAUGGCCCCGUUGCCUUCUUAGUCCUGGUCCUGUGCGUCUAUCUGCUGUGCACGUUUGUGCAGCUGAAGCAGCAUCCAGAGCGCAAGUAUGAGCUGAAGGCCAUGACGGAGGAGCAGCGGCGGCUGGCCGUGGCCGAGACAGGCCCCUGCAGCGCGGCGAGCCGUGAGUCCCGCGAGCCCAGCGAGCACGUCUGCUGCCCGGCCCUCGCUGCUUCCAUGCUGGCCAACGAGCACUCGUUCAAGGCCCAGCUGCGGGCCACCACUUUCACUCUCUUCCUCUUCCUUGCCACAUGGGCCUUCGGGGCACUGGCUGUGUCACUGGGCCACUUCUUGGAUAUGAUUUUCAGCUGCCUGUACGGGGCGUUCUCCGUCACGCUGGGGCUCUUCCUGCUCAUCCAGCACUGUGCCAAACGGGACGACGUAUGGCACCGCUGGUGGGCCUGCUGUCCGGCCAAACCUAAAUUGGACGUGAACGGAGAGGCAGCAGGCGGUGCUGCUCCACCUGCCGAUAUCCAGAGCCGCUCCCCCUCCCACAGCAGGACUCAGAUCCAUUGUCAGGCAAAGCCACCCUGCCAACCCCUGCUAUCCUCCCACCUCCAUGCCCCCGUGCCCCACUGUAAGCUGGGUUGCUUGCCCUCCGCGCAGAACCACACCAACACCUGCUGUGCCGCCCUGCGCAGCUCUUCCCCCAUGCUGGGCUGCCCCUCCUGCCCACAGUCCCUCCCCGAUGAGCUGCCCCGCCCCACACUGCCUCUGCAGAGCUGCCUGAAGAACAGAACUAAGUCGCGCUCCUUCAACCGGCCGCGCCCCUGCCUCAGGGACUAUACCUACCACGUGGCCUCGACCAGCGUGGAUGGCAGUGUGCACAGCUCACACCUGGACAGCCCUCACAGUGUGCCCUUGGAGAACCCCCUCGCCUGCCAGGCCUCGCACCGGGACAGCCAACUGUCAUGCCACAGCCUCCACCCAGACAACCAGCUGCACGGCCCCAGUCCCAGCCCCCUGGCCUCGCACAGCUUGCACGACUCCAUCUCCUGCCACAGCGUGAACCUGGACGGCCAGCCCGCUUGCCGCGAUGUGCACACCUGCCACAGGCACAUGUUGUGCACCAAGGCAGACCCUUUCUCUAGCUUCUGCUGCACCACAACGGAUCCCUUUACCAGCGCUUGCCAGGUGGAGAGCCCCGCCAAAACGUCCAAGAAGGAGGAGGAUGCGCUGCUGCACUUGGACAUUCCCCCUCCGCGGGGUGCCCUGCCUAGCUCACAGUCCACACUCUGCAGGAAAGGCAACCUCAGCCGUAGAGGGACCCUCAGCCGCAGCGGCAGUGUGCAUGAGGACUAUGCCCUCAGCCCUGACGCGACAGGUAACAUUCGAACUGGGCCAUGGAAGAAUGAAACCACUGUGUAGCCCUGUGAGUGAGCAACCUGCUUCUUCCCCAAGCUAAACUACUGUGUAGUCCCAGGGAUGGUACCUGAAGGCCCUCUGAUCUCUGACCUCUGAACUAAACUACUGUGUAGUCGUUCGGCUGUGACUCUCAUCUGUGCUCUCUCCAAAUCUUCACUUUCCCACUAAAUAGAACUUCAUAGUAUUAUAAAGCUCAUUUCACUAUAAUUUGCUUAGUACACCCUUACUUGCACUCUACCUAAAUGUAGUCUUUCUGUUAAGCUCAUUUCUUCUUAUACUGCCAUUUUAAAUUAUCCCAAGAUGCACACAGAUAAAAAUUGUGUGAACCUUAUCUGAAUUUUUUUUUUUUAAUUAAUAUUGAAAGCCAGAUGAUUUUUGUACAUGUAGAUGUUCUUGGCUAUGGUUACAUAAUGUGCAAUUAAUUCAGUGUGAGUGGAGUUUUGUGUGAGUGCAUGUGUUUAUAUACAUACUUACAUAUGUGCAUGUGUUAACAUACAUGCGUGAUCUUGUGUAUAUACCCCACUGAUGAUUUCUGAAGAAUUUAUUUUUGUGCCCACAUCGAUCACACCAGCACAAAAAAAAAAAAUUUGUAUUCUCACAAAUGAAAAGAAACUGUGAUUCCUCACUGAGAAAAUGCAGAGCUGAUAAAAAUGAAAUCCCCAUAGCUGUCAUAGGUCACAUCAUGAUUUAGAUUUGCCAGAACUUACCAUAAAUAAUCUGCACUGUAGUUUGAUCCCUGGCUAUAUUUGACUAUGAAGAUGAUACAUCACCAUUAAAUUGCUUUUUUCAUCGUUAGCCAAAAAAGCCAGAUAAACAACAAAUGUCUUCUGUCUUUACAAUGGUGAUAUAUAAUGAACACAGCUAUCCCAACCAGCAUGCAUUAUGAGCUGCAUAUGAUAUGCACAUCUAGUGUUUUCCUGUUUCGGGCAAGGUGCACAUCAACCCAAAUCAAUGGCCUUAUUGAGUCUGUCAGUUAUGCAUCUAGAUCUAGAGUUUCAUGCUGCACUGAAUCCUUCAAGCGAUUAUACAAUAAACGUGUAUAUGUAGAGGGAAGUAAUGCUCAACAAACUGUAAACAGUCACUAAGAAGCAGAAGCUGAAAGGUAAUGUUUUCACAUCCUUAUUUUAGAACAUCUACUCUCCAAAAAGGUUUGGUAGUCUCUGCUAACCACUUUUAACAUAACAGCUGUCCACAGGCACUACAUUAUCAAUGACUUAGUUUCCAACAUUUCUGACAUUUUCUACUGUAGCAUUUACCCGUGUCAGCUCCCAACUCUCCUGAGCUGUCAGAAUAAUGCCGGAUGCUUCGGGACCUAAUGUGUUGCCUGAAAUUAAAGUGUGAUACCUGCAGUGAACAAAAAAAAAAAGAAAAGAAAAGAAAAAAAGAUCAGCCACGUGGUUGGAGGGAAUAUGCCAAUAGAUACACAUUCGUGAGCUCAUGUCUGGUGUAUAAUUGCAAUCUGUCACCCAAGAAACAGCACAUUAAUCCCGAGGGAUAGCAUCUGUUUUAGCAUUCUUUUUAAAGAGACUGUGCCACAUAAUUGAUAUGGAUGACAAUGGUGACAUGUCAGCCUUGGGUUCCUGCUGCAGAUUUGGAAUAUCCCUCGUUUCUGUUUUAGACCUGUUGUGUCUCUUUGUGAGCUCAGGGAUCAUGUUGCAUUUUCUUUUUCCAUGUGAAGCCACGCAAAAAAAUUAAAAAUAAAUUUAAAAAAUACAAAAACAAAACAUAAAUGCAUGCAGUUAAGACUUAUUUAUCUUAUAUCACACUGUGUCACUAAAAAGAAAACAGGAAUGGCUCAGAGUUGUCUUAUGCACACAUGCCCCACAUUUAAAAUGCCCGAGCCCUGCCUUUUAAGGCUACAGCUGAAUUUCAUCUUCAUCUUGACUUUUGUUUAUGGAAAGGAAAUGAAAUCUGUCUGCCCUUAUUUGGUUCAUGUGACGUGCUGUAUGUAUACCCACCUCUUUUUGAUAGCACUGCAUUGAUCUUUGUACAGUACAUGUGAUUUGUGCUGUGACCUAAUCCAAAGCCAGUCAGUCAUCGUUUCUUUUAUACAUUUGCCGUUUUAAAUAAAUGUAUUUUAUCACCA